AUGGGAUCCAAAGUGAGUCGAAUUUCAGGUGGAGGUGCUGCUGCUACUCCUGGAACAUGGUCUGCCACCUUUCACAACAACAACAACAACAUGAAUGCUCACACUGUCACUCACUCGGCCGAUUCAUUACCUUCUUCUACUUCUUCCAAUCCAAUGACCACCGAAAACACCUCCAACACCACCUCCAAUAACCAUAACAACAACACAAUGACCACAACUUGUACAACUGACACUGUUUCAUCAGACAUUUUGAUGGAUGAAGAAAUGUAUGCUGCUUUGAUUAAUCAUGCGAAUUUGAAUGCUCCGAUGCAUUUACCACCUUCUCAGAGAGUCGUUUAUUCAAAAAUUAAGCAAUGUAUAUUAUUUGAAGAUAUUCACAAUGAUGAAUAUAUUAUGGAACGAUAUUCCAUGUGUUUAUCGGAUCCUAAAGCCAUGUUGGAUACUUAUUUGAAUUUAGAUAAUACCAUCACCAAACAAUGGGAUGAACGUGUGAAAUUAUUGGAACAAGAACAAUUCAAUACUGCUACUACUACUAUUACUGCAUCUUGUAUGAAUGAUCAAAAUCAUCAAGUUGUGACAAGUUCAUGUGAGGGACACGUCAAUGGUAGUGAGACACAUCUCUCCACUCCAAAUGAACAAAAAGCUCAACCAACAAGUGUCACCACCAAUGCAAAGAAUAUGCAUUUAUUUUCUCCUCAAUUUUAUGAAUUAAUUACAAGUGCAAAAAAAAGUCAAACCAUUUUGGAAGAGGAAGGGGGAGAUGAAGUGAAAAAAGUGUUAAAUUUUGAUAUUGGACUUUCACAACUUUCAUUGUCAACGACGGAUGGAGGAAAUCAUCAAGUCAUUGCUCGAGUUUUUGAAGAUUUAAUUCAUGGAGAGGAUGAUUUGAAAUCUUGUCCAUCGACACCACCUCAUUCCGUGUUCACACCUUCCAAUAAGCAUCUUGCCGUGGAUGAAACCAUUCAACAACAACAACAACAACAACACCACUCUGGCAAUAUUUCAUCCGAAAAGAAGGAAGUCAAAUGGUCUAGUGAUAUUGUUGUGACCACAGAGUCACCAGCAUCAUCAACUCCUCACAAAAAAGCUUUAAAUUCUCCAUCAUUGGAUAUUGGUGGUCCACAUCAACCAUCAACCAUUAUUGAAAAUGAUUCAUUAAUUGCAACAUCACCACCACCAUCUACUCAUGUAGUAUUAUCUUCUUCAACACUCCACACGUAUUCCACACCAACACAGCCACCACCUUCACUCAGCAGUCAACAACAACCAUUUCAUUCAACUCCAACACCCAAAUCAAAUCAUCUGACAAGAAGUAGUGCUGUCACUGACAUUCCAAUCAUGAAUACUUUUGAAGGAACAAGUGCCAUGGUUGGAACUUCCAAUGGUGGAGUUGCAAUUUCAAAUUCUGAACUUGUCACAAACACUCAAAACUCUCUCACUGGUACUCUUUCUGAAGAAGAUAGUUUGAGAGAUUGGUGGGUCUCGAAUCCAACUUUGGAAAAAUCCAUCAAAAUCAAACUCAUUGUCACAGACAUGCAUCAUCAUAACAAGACCAAACAAACGAUUCGUCAAAUCAUCAGUCCUUUAUUAUCUCCUUCAACCAUUCUUCCUGCUUUUGGAAUGUUUCACACAGCACUUGUCAUUUCAGAAUUUAAGCUUGAGUGGACCGAUAGCUCACUUUGUAUACCUCGUAAAUUAACAUCUCAAUCAAGUUUUUUCUCUGCGGAUAUUGAGGAAAUAACGACCGCUAGUGACUUGGAAGACAUUGUGAAAAAAAUUGCUCAAGUGAUUUGUCGAUGGAAUUCGACCAUGAUUUACAGUGAAAGGAGAAGAAAGAAGAAAAAGAAGAAUUCAACCAAAUCGACCUCUCUUAAAAAUUAUCCAAAUACGGGUAAUUGUCAGGAUUUUAUUUUUGAUAUUUUAGAAAGCAUUGGAAAGAAAGAUGUGUUGGAAAAAUUAAUGAGUAGUGACUCUCCUAUGGGACAUUACAUGAGAGACAUGCGAAAAUAUGGUCGUUGUUCCAUGGAACUCAAAAUGAACCAUCUAUUUAGAGACAAAUUUGGAAUUAAGGAAAAAGUGGUAAAAUUUGCGACUCAUCGUGAUUUGGAUCUCUUUGUCAAACAAUUGGAACAUGUCGAUCCCGAUUUCAAACAUACACACAAAAACGAAUGGAUUCUUCUCAAAGGUUUUGAUCGAGCAUUUUGGAUUCGAUAUUUAGCUUACAAAGAUAAGGAAGAAUUACGACCACUCUAUGAAAAACAAGAAAAUGUGUUUGACAUGACCGAUUUGGAUAUGAGUGUCGAUGAUUCAUGUAUGAUAGCUUCAUCUUCGUCGAAUCAUCGAUAUUGUGAAAUUUUGGCAUGUCCAUUUGAUGAUCCAACCAAAUCACUUUCCAUUAUUUUAAAACCUUAA